AAAGUUGGCUGUCGACGUAAACGUAAACAUUGUAGACGUCAUAGCUGUUCACACACUCAGCUCUGCCACUUCUUACCUGGAUGUGUCAUGUGUGAAGCCCAGUGUGGUUCCGAUGAUGGAGAGUUCGAAAGAAGUUCACUAUUAAGGAAGACAAGUACUCGUACGGAGACUGCUUGGGUUGUGAUAUAAGAAUUAAUAUAAGGACAAGGGCCGAGACUACCCUCAAACUCCGUAAUGAGCUGGAGAUUAAUACUAACGUUGGUGCUAUGUGUGACGCUAGUGUUGGGACAAGAUGCCAGCUUAACAAGUGACCAAGAAACCCCUCAGGCAGUGGUGAAGGCAGGAACGGAGAAUGGUAAAGGAAAUGACACUGAUAAACCUCCAGCCCUGAAGCAGAGUAUAGACACUCAGUCGGGAGGGGAAGUAAAGAGUGCUGAAAGUAAAGCCUUAGAUCCUACAACUCCAGCCACCACUACAACCACUGAGGCCCCACAUCUCGAUCUUCAUGUUGGGAACUCCACCAUCAGCAAUGUUUGCAACAUCACUUCAGAGGAUUACAGCAAAUUAACGUCAUUCUACCCUCAGCAUUGCAGCAAAGAUGGUGGGGAAACAGAGGGACAAGAUACAGAAGGAGGAAGUGUUGAUGCUGAUCCUGCAAAUGAGACUCAGCCAUGUCAUACAAGUGUUGACCUACCAGAGAUGGGCGCUGCAGAACAAGAACAUUUGUCAUCCCUCUCCAUAUUUCUCAUCCUCUGUGUGCUGGCUAUGUGUGUGAUAUUGAUAUUCUUCCUACUGAAGACUAAAUUGAACUACCUACCAGAGAGCGUAGCAUGUGUUAUAGUGGGUGGAGUGAUUGGGUUGGUCCUGAAGAUUCUGUACAGCCAACACAUAGCAAACUGGCAGAAGGAGGAAACUUUCUCACCCACUGUGUUCUUUCUCGUCAUCCUUCCACCCAUUAUAUUUGAGUCUGGCUACAAUCUUCACAAGGGCAACUUCUUUCAAAACAUUGGAUCCAUUAUUGUAUUUGCUGUUGUUGGCACAUUAAUCUCUGCACUGAUUGUUGGAGGAGGAGUUUAUCUCCUUGGACAGGCUGAUGUGGUGUACGAACUGAGUUUUGUGGAAAGCUUUGCCUUUGGUUCUCUAAUAUCUGCUGUGGAUCCUGUGGCUACAUUAGCUAUCUUCCAUGCACUGAAUGUGGACCAGGUGUUGUACAUGCUUGUGUUUGGUGAAAGUAUCCUCAACGAUGCUGUCUCAAUUGUCCUUACCAGUACAAUCAUUGAAAUGGCAUCACCAGCUAUGGCAACCAUGGGUUCUGGAGAAGCAGUGUUAUAUACAGUAUGGCGAUUCUGUGUCAUGUUCUUUGCCUCUGCUGGUAUUGGGGUUGCAUUUGCUCUCUUGAGUGCUCUAACCCUGAAGUAUGUUCCUCUGAGAGAGUACACUUCCCUAGAACUGUGCAUCAUCAUAAUCUUCAUAUAUGCUCCAUAUACACUUGCAGAAGGCAUACACUUAUCAGGUAUCAUGGCAAUUCUCUUCAAUGGAAUUGUGAUGUCACACUACACACAUUUCAACAUGUCUCCAGUGAUGCAGAUAACAAUGCAGCACCUCAUGCGCACAUUGGCCCUCAUUGCCGAGUGUACAGUGUUUAUCUACUUGGGAUUAGGUCUAUUCAGUUUUAGGCAUCAGUUCCACUUGGCCCUUGUUUUAUGGAGCAUUGUGCUGUGCCUCUUGGGUCGUGCUUUCAACAUUUUCCCACUCUCUUGGCUUGUUAAUAAGUUCCGUGACCAUCAGAUCAACUACAAAAUGAUGUUUAUUAUGUGGUUUAGUGGACUUCGAGGUGCUAUUGCUUAUGCUUUAGCCCUUCAUCUUGAGUUCAGUGAUGAAAAGCGACAUGUGAUUGUGACAACAACACUCACUAUUGUCUUAUUCACCAUAUUUUGUCUGGGAGGUUCUACCAUGCCACUUAUUAAGUACUUAAAGGCUGACAAACGACAGAAAAACAGAAGACCCAAGGAACGUGACAAAGAAAUGACAUUGAGCAAAACUAGAGAAUGGGGCCAAGCUUUAGAUUCAGAACAUUUAUCAGAGUUUACAGAGGAUGAAAGUGAUACUCCAGUAGGUGCUCAAGCUAGAGGAUUCCUCCGCCUUGACAUUCUCUAUCUCCGCCCUUUCCUUAUUCGUCGGGUGACACACCAAGAGGUCCGGUCACAUGCCAAUGACCUGAAGAAGCAGUGUUAUCAGUCAAUCAAUGUUCAAGCUUCAGAGUCGGAAGAAGAAGAAAUUUUCUCAGCACGCUGAAGACUUUGGCUCAAGAUGGUAUAACUUAACAGAGAAAUGUAUAUCUCCUGCCAAACUGUUACCCAAGUGCUAUCCAUGUGUCUGUUCUUAGUUGUUGAUGUUGCUGAAAUGUGCCAUUUUAGACUUUGUAUUGUUUCAGAUGAAUUGAUUGAAUGAUUAGUACUAGUGUUCAGCAUGCAAUGUUUACCGAACACAGCAGUUGACAGGUUAAAAACCUGGUUUCAGUUUUGUAGAGAGAUGAUAAUCCUCUAAAUAUCCAUAAUCAACUAAUAUUUCUUUAUGCUUAGGAAUUGUAUAUUUGGUGUAGGAAAGAAAAAUCUUGAACAUUUUAUUCAACAAAUACCCUUAUACAGUAUUGGAAGUAUAUUGCACUGAACCUUCUAAAGAAAUUAAUUCCUGUAACCCUGUAAGCAAAAAGUAAAAACUACAGUACAGUAUAGGUUUCCACUGUUCUUUCAACAUUGUUAUAGCUCUUCUAUAUACCUUAUACGUGUAUACAGGUAUAUUUUUUAUUGUUGAUAGUGUUGAUAGGACUCUGCACAGCAGUUCAUUAGUGCUCUGUCCAAUCAAGUAAAGGAUUGUCUUAGUUCCUUAGUAUUGCUGUGCACUAUACCCACUUGCUUUUGUUCCUUAUUUUUUUCUGCCAACCAUGAAAAAGUAUAUUAAUUGUUCUUUGUGGUAUAGGUUAUCAAUUGAAUAACAGUAUUUUGUUUUUAAGUGCUUACUCAUUGAAAAAUCUCGAUUCUGUCUACAUCACACGGUUGAAAAUUCUCACUUUUCAUGACAAGUUCUUUGUUGUAUGGAAGAAAGUUCAUUUAUCUACCAUGUAAGAACCCAGGCGGUUAAACUGUUGGUGUUAUACAAUACAUAUACUGUGUACCUUCACAACUCUCAGGGUAUUGUAAUGAGUCAUUCAAUGACUUUGCCCUUGCUGAUGGUGUCAUGAAACAGUGGAGGUAUUAAGUUAGUUAUUUUGCUUAUUUUUUUUUUUUUAUUUUCUCGCUCUGUCUCUUCUGUUGUUCCUGUAGGACAGGCAUGGCCAACCUUUCCUCAGUCUUUGGCCGCAUUACAAUUUAAGUAUUUUUCUGCGGGCCAACCCACCAAAAUUUAUAUCCUACCUAACCCAAAUGUAAUGUUAAUAUUGUUUUAGCACGGACAGUGAAACAGUUUAUCGUCACGUCCACCUUACAUUAUUUUGGUUUACAAUCACAGUCUUUUUCCCAUUUAUGAAACGAACCCAUCAUAAUAAUUUUUUAAGUAAUAUGUUCAUGUUUCUUGACAUUUAAGAGACGAUCAGUGAAACAGCAUUUGUCGUUCUUAUGAGACACACCCACCAGAAUAAUGAUAAUGCCAAUGUUAUUCUUGGCAUAUGAGGAACUACAAUGAAACAACCUAUAUAUUUUGGCAGUUUUGGCCAAAUAUUAGAUUUUGUUGAAAAUCUCAGUAUAGGUACUCCUGAGUGUGCACAUUGAGAAUCUAUGGUCCAUGAUUCAAUUGCAGGAUAAUUAGUGGUCGUAAUAAUGCUUGGAAUAUUAUAAUUACAUUAUUUCAGUGUUAAUUACUCACCAACUAUGGGUUUUGAGGUGCAAUUUAGGUGUUUUUGUGUUAUUCUGGAAGUACUUAAUUAGUUAAACCCUGUGUAACUACUGGCCAUGAUCCUACUUGGACUUGCCCAAUCUUAGUUAAUUCCCUAGUGACCAUUCUGCCACAUAGCAGGUAAUCCAUCAAACAGACUGCGCUAAACUUGGCCCAUAAGAUCACACAAUUUAAAAUGUUUACAUUGUUGACUACCGUAUACAGUAUAUAAUUAUUUCACCGUUACAUUUUCUUAGUUGCUUACUCUUAGGUGAUCAAACAGUAACGAAUUUUGUGUGAAGAUUAUUCUUUUAAUAAAUAUUGCUUUACUCACCGUAAACUGGCUGUAUUUACCUGAACCGCGGCCACAUUAAAUAGAAUUUCUCGAUCAUUCCACGGGCCACACAAACACAUGGUCGAGGCUGCAGGUUGCCCAUGCCUGCUGUAGGAGAUUAGCUCCCCUACAGACAUAUUUAAGAGAAUUAGGUAAAAGGUUAAGGGAAUAAGGUUCUGCUUUGUAAUAAUGCCCUUGUUAUAAUGAAAAUGUCUAUUUUGCUCAUGUACUAUAACAGAAGGAUUAAUGUAUAUUGUGAUAAUUGUAUUAUAUUUGAAUAUUUUGAGAGAUUUUAUUAGAGGGAACAUUAAUAGACAGAACUAAUGCUGAUUAUAAGUUUGUUAUAGCAUUGAUUUCUCAUUUUCAAGGAAGUGCCUGCCUUCAAUAAUAACAGCUGUUUUUCUCAGUUUCCUUGAUAUCCUUUUCAUUUUGAUGACACCUUUCAUAAAGCUGUUAGAAUCAAUACUGUAAUUCAAUAAUCAUCACAGCAUUUUGUAUGCAUUCCCCUGUCCAUGAGAGAUUUCUGUGGCUUUCAAAUAUGGUGCAAUAAAUCUGUGAUUAUAAGGAUAAGAUGAUGAGUAUUAUUCUUUACGUGUUUAUUCUAUUCUAUUAUGAACAUUUUGCAACAGAAUGUACAAUUUUAUUAACAUACUGUAAAAGGAAUGUUCUUCUCAUUCCUGAUUAAAAUUAUUUCCGGUUUGCAUUUAUCAAAAUUUGCCAUUUUAUUUAAUUAAAUUUCCUAUUUUCUUUGAUUUAAACUUCUCAUUUUCUGUGAAUAAAUUUCCCAUUUUCUUUGAUUAAUAUGUCUAAUUUCUUUGUUCUUUUUUUCUCGCCCACCAGGCCCCGUUGGUUGUUUGACCAGUGCCCGGGUGGGCUAAUUCCCGUAAAAAAUAAUAAAAUAAAAAAUCCACGUUUUCUUUUAUUGAAAAUUUUCAUUUUUAUUUUGUUAAAUUUCUCAUCUUUUUUAACUAAAUUUUCUUGAAAAGAAAAUGGGAAAUUUUAAUCUUAGAAAAUUUAUAAAACUUUUUAUACAGGUACAUCAUUGUGGAGUACAGUAUUUGACUAACCAUUUAAUUACACAUUAGAAAAGUUAACAAUACCAAGUUUUUCCCGUAUCCUUACAAGAUGUGAGAGAAAUGGAAUUGGUGUGUGUAGGAGUUAGCCAGAUUAAAAAAUAAAUAAAUGAAAUGAAAUUUAAUAAAAGUUUGUAGAACCAGUAUGGGUUGUAACUAAGUUCUAAGAAAUUUGAUCAGUGGCUUAUGAUAAAAUUAUAUCAGUAGUGUAGCUGUUGCAAGUGAGAUUAGGAUGUUUUCUCUAUCAAUUCUGUUGUGUAUACAUAAACUGGGCUAAGAUCUGUAAGAAAAGUGAUCUUAUAAUUGCUGAAUGUACUGGGGGCAUUUACACACGCACUGUUAUUUAAAAUAUAUGUUUAAACCUUAAUUACAAUGGAAAUUUUCACCAAUAAAUUAAAUUAAAGUU